ACGCGCGCCAUUCACGUUCGUUUAAUCCAGACCGAUGCGACUCUAAUUUCGCUCAAAUACGUUUUUCUAGUUCGUUCACUCGCACACGUUUUCUCUCGUUUUCUAUUCCAAUUUUUUCCGAGCACGCCGCAAUACGCGACCUGCAACUCAGUUCAGUAGAAUAAAAUCGAAGAAGAACAAACGUAAAAAAUAUUGCGUAGUAACGCAGUAGCACAUUAGUCGCAGUAAAAGAACAAAACGACACGGAAAAGUGAAACUGCUACGUGCGGCGUAGUGGCGACGCGUGAUCGUGUGUGAAUUUUCCAUUUUUGGAUAAAAGAACGUUUUCAAACGCAGUGUGCGACCGGAAUCGAACAGGGAAGACGAUUCAACAUGAAGCUCACUAAGCAGUGGUUUCCACUCUUGGUAUGCAGUCUUGCACUCUUAUCACUAUCCGAGUCACGUCGAGUGAGAGUCCGCCCUCUUCCGUCUGAAGAAGAAGAGGAAACUGUUCAGUACUACGCGGCCGAACCACAAGAAGCAGGAGAACAACGUGUGGUGUACAUUUCUUCCGCUGAUCAAUACAAUGGUCUAUAUGGACAACCCUCUGCCUCAGAACGUAGGUCACAAGAAAAUUACAUUCCUUCCAGAAGCGCUCCAUCUCCAAAAGCUGUGAGCAAAACGAAGGAGUCUUCUAAACAACCUCCUGUUCAAACUAUUCGAAACUAUAACAAAGUGAACGAUGAUGGAUCCUUCACUUUUGGUUAUGAAGCUGCUGAUGGUAGUUUUAAGGAGGAAACCAGAGGAACUGAUUGUGUUGUCAGAGGAAAGUAUGGUUAUGUAGAUCCUGAUGGCAAUAAAAGGGAAUUCACUUAUGUAAGUGGUAACCCUUGUGAUCCCAACGCUCCCAAAGAUGAAGAAAUUGAUAGACCUGAAGAAGAUCGUCAGGAAGCGGAUAGUGGACCAGCUAAUUAUCCAACUAGACCAAUCAGACCAAUUAGGCCAGUUACUGUGGCACCCAAACCAGUCACUCUCUUCCAAAAUAACUACGCUCAAGGUCAAGAAGAGGAGGAACCAGAACCAGAACAAGUCUUGAGACAACAACCUCAGCAUAUCCGUUCUCGUCCUGCCUACCUUGCUCGCCCACAGUAUGAAGAAGAAGAACCUACCCCAAUCUACCAACGUCAGCGGGUAGUCCAACCUACUACUCCAUCAUCUGUUAUUUACAAACAUAGCGUGACACCUUUAAGCAUCACUCCAAGACCAGUGACAGCAUCAACAUCCCGACAUGAACAGGAAGCCACUACAUACAGACCUCAACUUCUCCAAGUUGCUGUUACUCCUCGCCCUGCUCUCCUCUACACCAAACAAAUUGCCUCCCCACGACCCACUGCUUCAUCUUCUUUGAGGGGAUCAGGCAGCAUUGACUUUGAUGCGGAAUUCCAAAAGUUCCAACAAGAAAAUAACAUUGUUGCACCUACACCAACUGCUCUUACUCGCCCAGUAGGUCCAGCUAAGUCUCAUGUUAAACAACACACACCAGGUGGUCAGAUCUACUCCUCUGAACUUGUCUUUGACCCCUCAUCGGGACAAUACAAAACUCAGUUGUACCAAACCCUUCCUCAGACUGAAGGUGAUUUCACGUUAAGUCAUCGUAUCCAACCUUAUGUUCAUCAACCUCACUCCCCACUCCUCACAGCUCAACAACUUCAAAACCAGAGUCCUCUUUAUCGCCAGUUAAGCAAACCCACUCCAACACCAGUGACGAAUAACCAAGCUCUCUAUCAACAACAGCAAUCCGAGUUGCAAUUCCAGAAUUCCGCGCAACUUUAUGCCCAGCAACAGAAAGCAAGGCAGCAACAAACAGCUCCACAACAAUUCUAUUACCUGCAGCCGCAAUCACAACCUGCGGGCGGGUAUCAACCCCAAGGUGGACAAAUCGACGCGUUUUUGAGAGGCCAUAAUAUCCAAUUCUAAACAGUAAUUUAAGUAUCAUGUUAUCUGAUGUUUGCGAAUUUUUGAGCGAUUAACAAUCUAGACUAGACUAUACCAUACUAGACUACGUAGACUAGACUAGCGAUAUCUGAGGAACCACAGUCAUAAUUUGUAAAAUCUAAAAAUUUAGUUACCAUUGCUACCGGCUGAUGUCAGACACACCUUUUUGGGAGGUAGGUGUCUAGGGUACCAGGACAAAAUAGCAAGUAAACAAAAACCCGCAGAGAAAAAUCUUACACUUGUAAAAUUUACAAAUGUAGAACGCAUUGUGUUUGUGUUCUUUGGGAGAUGACUAGAUUACCAUGAGGUGAUUCGAAGGCAAAUCCUGCGCGUUAAAUCCACUUUAGUAAACGCCGACCGACCUCUUAACUCGUGCAGUGAAAGCGGCCGCCGAGCUCCGCGAAACGCACGCCUCUUUUUAUUAUGCAAUGCGUUUAUUUUGCUAAGGAAUUAUACACUGACUGUUUCCAAAAUAUUCUUGAACUAUAAAUUUUGAACUAAAACUGUUACUAUUUUUUCAGUAAAGUCUAAAAAUCAACAAAUUAAAAACUUUUAAUAUGAAAACUUAAAAACUAUAAAACUAAUUUAAAAUAAGUUGAGAUUUAAUUUUGACAAAUUUUAAAAUUCAAUACAUAGCAUCUUUGUGAUACUUGUAAGUCUUCGCGGAUAACCUUACAGUUUGUUGUUUUACAUUGUUCUCUCACAUUUUAAAGCAAGCAGCUUGGUAAAAAUAAAUAAAGCAACAUAAUUACAUGCAUAACAUGCAUUUUAUAAGCGUUACAUGGCAUUUUGCAAACUACCAUAAUAGUCAUUGUUGAAUUGAAGUUGAGUUCUCUUUAUUUGCUUCUAUUUUACUUCUUCUCUUGCCGGCAAUAGUAAAAGUUAUCAAACAGCAUCUCCAACUAAAGAUAUUGUUGCUUAUGCUUUAAAAAUCAAUCAAAAAUUAAGUUUAUUCUUAUAUCUAGAAAUCCAUCUGGUGUGAAGGAGUUUAAUGAAUAGUCAAAGACAAGCCAAGGUCGAUCGGCGUUUUCUUCAUCUCUGGAAUAAAUAAAACGAAUCGAAAUCGAAUCAAAAACGAAAUACGAAAUAAAUAAUAAUAAUCCAUUCAGCAUGUCAAAUGAAAAUUUAAUUAUGAUUCUUUUUAAUCAUAAUUUUGUAAUAAUCACAUAAUAUCUUCACAGAAAAUUCAAGAAAUCUUAUCAUACUUUAAUAUUGAGAUUAGUAAAUUGCAUUUGUAAAUAAUCUGAUGUUGAUGUAAGUAUGUAAUAUAAAUUUGAACGAUUUGAACGAAAAGUAACACCUUUAUGAAGUAUUAUUUUUGUACUUGUACUUUGUAUGCAUGUAGGUACUUAUUUCUGUUUUUGUAAUUAUUAAUAAUUAUUGAUACGUAUUUGUAAUCGCAUUGUAAUAAUAUAAUAUUAUAUUUUAAAUAAAUGUUGUACAUAUUUAUACAA